AUGGCGCAGGGUUCGACUAUGCAAACGGCAGGCAGUGAUGCCCCGGAUUACUCUGCACAGGUUUUUUCCAAGGACGCGACCAUGACGUUCACCACCCCCUCACCUCGUGGCGAUAUGCCAAGUGCACUCAGACCAUCCUCGGCUUCGCGUUCCCCCACCCCUGUACACAUGCUACGAAGUUCUAGCCCAGCCAAUCAGCAACGUGUACUUGGAUACUACAAGGACCCAGAUGAUGAUGAGGUACAGCGUGUCCUUGGGCUGUCUGUUCUCGAUGGCAUCCCAUUGGUUGGUGAGACAGAGAUCUCAUCAGCUUUGGAACGACGAGCAAGCAUUGCAGCAGGUGAUACAGUUGGCGCUGCCAUCCCCAUCGUACAACCCGCAGAAUCUGCAGACACCCAUGACUCGGAUUCAUUCAUAGAUACCAGAAACUUGCCGCUGAUCGAAGCGCGGCUCUCGGAUGAACAGGCAUAUCUCAAUUCCCACCCGAAAUGGUUCGUCCGCGCCAUCUUGAUGCUCGUUGGCACCCUACACAUGAAGAACCAUGUAACAUUUCACGCCUCAUCCUUGAUUCUAUACACGAUCUGUGCCAUUUUUCUCGCACUCCGACUUCUUGCGGAAGAGGAUUCUAUGCCUAUAACACUCACCACCCUCCUGAAGCAUUUCGACUUGAAGGACCGCUUCCAUAUCCUACCAGUCUGCAAAACGUGCAAGUCCCUAUUCGAGCCUACAGUUAACCGCAAGUCCUCCUGCCCAAAAUGCGGAGAAAAGUUGUUUCCUCCCGGGGAGCAUGCGGCGAUACGUGAGCUAAGACGACUUCUCGGCAGAGAUCCGCCAAAACCACCUCCCAUUCUCGCAGCUCCGUAUGCGCCACUUUCGGCAGAGAUCGCUGACUUCCUCAGCCGCCCGGGCAUGGACGAGGAAGUGGUAGCAUGGGAGAUGGAGCCUUCAACACCAGGACAAUACACGCGCAUCAUGGAUGAGAUUCACCUCGGGGUGUCUCUGAGUCUGGAUUGGUUUUCCUGUGCACGUACAUCCUUUUCGCCAUCUCAUUCAUCUGGUCCUCUUGCCUUCUGUGUACAGAACCUGCACGACAACCUCAAAUAUCGACCACAGAAUAUCCUGGUUUGUGCGAUGACACCGGGCCCUACAGAACCAACAGCAGAGCAAGUGCAGAAUUAUCUCAAGCUUGUUGUCGACGACCUGUUGAAUUUGUACGAAAAUGGUGUCAUCAUGAAGACACCAUCAUAUCCGGAUGGUAUUCGUGUUCGUGUCACGCUGGUGGCAGUCGUAUGUGACCAUCCUGCUAUGUGCAAGGUCAGCAGUUUUGCAGACAAGAAUCACACUGAGGUGCCAUGCACGAAGUGCAAUGUGCAGCAAGAGGACUUUUUUUCCGAUGCGGGCUUAUCUAAUGGUUUUCCAGCAUGCGACGGUGAAGAACACAAGCGAUUAGCACGAGAGUGGAAGACACUCUCUUCAGAGGAAGAACGAGCCGAUUUCUUCAAAGCUCAUGGUGUUCGAUGGACAGAGCUUGCCCGGCUACCAUAUUUUGAUCCAGUUCGGAUGACCGUGAUCGAUCCAAUGCACAAUCUUUUACUCGGUGUCGUCAAAUUGCAGUGGUACGGGCAAUGGAUCAAGCAUAAUGCUCUGCGCGCAAAUACUGCAAAGAACAAGUGUGAGCUUGCUCUACUACAUGAAUUCCUUGAGACGAUGAGUUGUACACAACAACGCAAUUGA